AUGGCAGAGUCGGAAGUUUGUGUUGCCACGGCCGGAAUCAGUGUUAGUCGCUUCGGAUCUGACGCACAAGUCAAGCACUCGAGCAAAAGAUACAUCGCAGCGGUGAAGGUCCCGGUGGCCACCGGCUUGCAAGAAUCAUACCGCCCAGACCGAAUUCUUUGCUUUCCGUUCGAUCAACUCCGAGUUGACACGCAGACCACCGACCCCAUGGCUUUGAAUCUUUCUUCCCGAGCGGCCAGGACCGCCUGCGCUGCAUCCAAAUUUGCCGCUCGCCCAAUUGUGGGAGUCCUCCCAUCCCGCACCUUCGCAACCUCCUCCCCGGAGGAGUCCAGUCAACAAGAGAAGCCCCGAUGGUCCUACACUCCCGCGGCCGCAAAGGCCCCGUUCAGUCUGCACCUUGACUCCAAGCGCCCGACCUUCCACGUCAACGCAGACCCGCAACUGCUCGACCGAUUCUACAUCCGCUUGUUCGGCAAUGGCGGCGACAAACUCCUCUCCGAUGAGACCAAGUGGUUGGCGGUGACACAUAAGAGUUUCGACCAAGGGCGUCGCGGAUUCAACGAUCGAUUGGCCUUCUUGGGAAAACGCAUUGUGCAGCUGCAAGCAUCGCUGGCUUUGGCGCAGGAUGCUCCAUACGCAGGCGCCGCACCGGCAGAGAGCAAGGACGAGUUUGGUCGCGUGCCGUUCAGCCACCCGGCUCUGGAUGGAUUGAACAACCUCUCUGGUGAAACCAAGAAGAUCCUCACCGAGCGGUCGAAGCUUGCUGAGCUUGGAAACAAGUACGAGUUGCAGAAGGUUCUCCGAUGGAGUCCCAGAAAGCCUAACGACCUCCGUGCCUCCGGUAUUGAGCUCGUUCUCGCGCAUACCAUGUACGCUAUUGUCGGCGCUGUUUCGUUAGAGAAGGGAGGUGUCGUUGCUACUAAGGUGGCUCGUGAGCGGAUACUUGAACCUCUGGGACUCAAGACGGUCUCGUAA